AUAGUCAAAAUAAAGAAAAGCUCUUGAACGAGUAGGUGUUUUUGACCGGUAGUGUAUUGUAUGUGUCAAAUAUCUUGAGUUCAAACAUUGCAUUCAAGACAAAACGUCUGAUGACAAAGCUGCAAUCGGUAAAAUAGUGAAAGACUCAACCUGACAUACAGACAUACCCUCUCAGACAGCCAGGCAGACAUCUCGUGAAGCAUAUAUUUUUUGCAAAAGUAUACCAGACUGAUGCUUUUCAGGUGAUACCACACUGGUCACCUUCGACAUCUAGCAAUGAAUCAUCUGAUAGGAACAAUGGCUCUAUCGAACACGGGCAACCAUAUCUAAAAUACACACAUGUACACAUGUAUCGUGUGAUCGCUAUAACAGAGGCCUUGCAGAACAGGACUGCUUUUACCUUAUAAAUGUUGUCCACGCAGUCAAUAUACCGGAUGUGGUCAUUCGGUGCGUCCUGUUGGCCAAUUAUGUGUGAAACAUAUCUGUGACCUGGAAGUGCCUCAGACACAAAUGUUAAGUUGAAAUUUUCCUUUAAAGACAUUUUUCAUCUCACUCAUUGACAAACUGAUUUUAAAAAAUUGUGAACACAAGCAUAAGCGUUACGAUAAUUUUGUAAAUGAUGGGAUAUUUGGGGUUUGGGUCAAGAUUCACAUGGCCUGACAAACAAAUGUAUCUAUUUUCAGAUAUGGCUUCCUCCCUGAAUGAAAGCCAAUUCCAGUGCUCCAUCUGUCUAGAGUUGUUCACUGACCCAGUUUCCACUCCAUGUGGCCACAACUUCUGUAAGAAUUGUAUCGGAGGGUAUUGGGAUAUCAGUGACCUGUGCCAGUGUCCUUUGUGUAAGGAGACAUUUUACAGAAGGCCUGAGCUUCGAAUCAACACGUCGUUCAGAGAAGUUGUUGAUCAUUUUAGGAAUAUGAGAGUUAAUGAAGGGUGCAUUGCUGCAACUGGAGAAGUGGCCUGUGACAUCUGCUCUGGGAGGAAGCUCAAGGCCCUGAAGUCCUGCCUGGUGUGUCUGACGUCUUACUGUGAGAUUCACCUGGAGCCUCAUCAGAGAGUGGUGAAUCUGAAGAGACACAAGCUGAUUGACCCUGUGGAGAACCUGGAGGACAGGAUGUGCAAGAAGCAUGAUAGGCUGCUGGAGCUGUUCUGUAGGAGCGACCAGACAUGUGUGUGUCAGUUUUGUGCUGAGACAGACCACAAACAUCACCACACUGUGCCACUACAAACAGAAUCGCAACUAAAGAUGGCUCUUAUUCGGAGGUCAAAGGCGGAUGUGCAGCAGAUGAUCCAAGACCGGCAGCUGAAGGUGGAGGAGAUCAACGCUUCAGUGAAGUUAAAUAGAGACAAUGCAGAGAGUGAAAUAGCGGACAGUGUUGAAGUCUUCACUGCACUGAUGCGAUCUAUUGAGUCAAGCCAGGCUGAACUCAUAGAGGUGAUUGAGGAGAAGCAGAAAUCAGCAGAAAGGCAGGCAGAAGGGCUCAUCAAUGACCUGGAGCAGGAAAUCACUGAGUUACAGAGGAGAAGUACUGAGCUGGAGCAGCUCUCACACACUGAGGACCAUCUCGACCUUCUACAGAGCUUUUACAAGCAAACUACACUUCCAAAAUCUAAAAGCUGGACUAAUGUUGCUGUUUAUCAAGUCAACUUCUUGGGCUGUGUUCGAAAUACAGUGCUUCAAGUGAAAGACUCCACCGAAGACCAAAUAAGAAAGCUGUCAGCUAUUGAACUGAAAGAGAUGCAGAAAUAUGCAGUGGACGUGACGAUGGACCCCAACACUGCAGGCCCAUGGCUUAUCCUCUCUAAUGAUGGAAAACAAGUGAGAAAAUCACCAAGGAAAUUGAAGGUCCCAGAUAAUCCUGAGAGAUUCACUGAGGAUGUCUGUAUCCUGGCCAAACAAGGGUACAACUAUGGGAAACAUUAUUGGGAAGUUGGGUUACAGGAGAAAUCAAACUGGGUUAUAGGAGUAGCUUGCGAGACAGUGCCUAGGAAGGAAUUAAUUUCAGCUGAGCCUGAGAAAGGGUUAUGGACUCUGUGUCACAGGGAUGGCAAGGAAUAUCUGGCGUGCACAAAAAUUCCACGCCUUAUUUUACCUUUUCCCCGACCCCAGAAAGUCGGUGUCUUCCUGGAUUAUAAGGAAGGCCAAGUGUCAUUCUUUGAUGUUGAUGCAAAGUCUCACCUAUUCACUUACACAGGGUGCAAAUUCUCAGAGAAAAUCUUUCCCAUAUUUGAUCCUUGUCAUACUGCAGAAAUAAAUGAAGACCUUCCUCUUAUGAUUACUAUGGUGCAGGUAAAUUAGUGACAGUUCACUCCAUGCAUAGUGUAGCUCCAGCUACAAUGUACUGUAUAUGCUUCAACCGUAGAUAAAUUAGAUGGGCACGGUCAAAUGUUCCCAUCUUUUCUUUCACUCUCAUUUGGAAUAGAGGCAUCUACGCAAUGGGGGACAUGGGACGUGGACUCAUUUCAACUAUAGUUUACUUUGGGGGUCUGAAACUUUUAUAUUUAUUGUAAUACAUUUUGCAAAUAUCUUGAUUAUAUUUACCUUCCUUAUUGUGACAAAAUGAAAUGUAAUCCUAAUUAUUCUAAAUCCAUUUUUGAAAUGUACGGUUUAUCAAAUGGAAAUACUGUAUUUCAAAUCAAAAUUUGCCACAUGCACCGAAUACAAAAGAUGUAGACUUCACCAUGAAAUGCUGACUUACAAGCCCUUAACCAACAGUGCAGUUCAAGAAGAACAAAAUAUUUACCAAGUAGGCUAAAAUAAAAAGUAACACAAAAAGAAUAACGAUUUUUAUUUGUAUCGGUGUGCAUAGUAUCAGCUGUUGAAAUCGGAAGUUUACAUACACUUAGGUUGGAGUCAUUAAAACUCAUUUUUCAACCACUCCACACAAAUGUCUUGUCAACAAACUAUAGUUUUGGCAAGUUGGUUAGGACUUCU